AUGAAGGCGUGGAUACGGCUUCCUGAUGACAAGACCCUUCAAAGUGUUGCCAUUGCGAUCCAUAACAAACAAGUUCCCUCUCGGCUCGCCGGCACGUCCGAUUGCGCGACCGAGGAUACAUGGCUGCAAGAUGAGAACGCGGCGGCGCCUAGAUCAGACAUAACAGUCGAUGAUGAGAGGGUGCCACACCAAGCGCGGGCUGUGUAUCGAGCCCAAGAUUCUAGCGCCAUGAGGGAUGGAGCUUUGAGUACCCACGAUGUCUUCGUGUGGAUACUUUCUGCCAGUGUGGCACCUAUGUGGGAUUCCAAUAAUGACCCUCUGGACGGGAGAAACUCCGAAGUGAACAUUCACACAUCGCAUCCUAUCAUGCUCUGCUUUAGCCCUGCCUUGCACCCUGAUGCUCGCACCCUUGUUACCUUCCAAAUCAGCAUCAUGAACAAGACGCAGUUCUAUUUGUCGCAGUGCGCUGAAGCUGCCGCGAAGAGCUCAAUGUGCUUCACUCUCGGUGCCGUCUUAGUCAAAGGAGGAAAGGUCAUUUCAAGUGGAUACAACCACCAUCGCCCACACUACGAUGGUGCCGAAGCGCUGACUCGGGGUCAUCGCAAGCCUGUUUCGAUGCACGCGGAGAUGCACGCGAUAUUCAACCUCACCGGGAUGUCGCCGUCGUUCCGAAAGCAAGUACAGGGCGUUGAGCGGCGCCUUACAUGUUGUAAACAACCGCAGCAUCGAGCAAAAGGGUCGAGACGAUUCAGCAGAAAGCAUCUUUCGCCCCUGGGGAAGAAACGGAAAAACAACCGGGGCGUUCGAUCCUCCGAGAGGCGCAACCAUCGCCAUCUGGCUGCCACUAUUACGGGCGACGGUGGAAGCGCAGUGGUAGUUGCCAGGGGAUAUGAAAGCGAACGCAACUAUCACAAGCCCUCCCGGGUAUCAUGUACCGUGGAAUACCCGGGGAAGGGCUGGGACUCGCGACGCAGAGACUCUCGAGUCAAUGGUGCAGAUAUUUACGUCGCUCGCAUUACGAAGAACGGAACGGGCAACGCCAAGCCUUGUUGGAGAUGUCUGGAAUGGUGCAGAUGGGCGGGUGUGAAACGGGUAUUCCAUUGGAACAGCGAAUCGGAGAAAUUUGACGUAGUCAAAGUAAACAGCGCGGAACGAGAUCAGUACGAGACCCACGCCGACGGCCGCCUCUACGCUGGUUUGGGUUGGUAG